UCACUAUGUCAGUGUCACUUCAAAAUAUUUUCUCUGGGCAGCGUUUUAUGCCGCAGAUAUGUAGAUUUGUAUAAAUGUUAAUUAAUUGCAGCUUAUGUAAACAAAGCAUAAGUAUUUUAAGAACAUAAACAUUGUAAAUAGUAUCGUAACAUCAUAAAGUAAAUUGGAGGUACAAACUUGGUUAAAACUCGUGCUUGUUAACUUAUCAAGUACAAGCUGUAUAAUGGCUAUGGCUAUGAGAAAACGUAGCGGUUCAGGCUCUAAAAGGCACCUGAAAGAGAAGGUGGUACAGAUCUACGAAUCGUUCUUCAGAGGAGAAGACCUGACGAGUGAUAAUCCAACUUUUUGGGAUGAAUUCUUCCUUUUGAAGCCGAAAAUUCCGCAGCUGGAAGCCGAGAUAAACAAAUUGUCUGUGGAGCAGCUGCUCAAUAUGAAGGAUAACAUGAACCUGCUUGUGGCUCAAUGUAUUGAAAUGUUGGGUCAAGAACACCAUAUAAGGUUAGUUUAUGCACUUCAGACACUAAGUGCUCUGUUGAUGACCAUGUAUCAGCGGUUGGGCGCAGAGCCCAACAAUGUGAAAACUAUUCUGAUCGGGUUAGAAAAUGCAGAUGCCAAGAUGCAAAAGCUGCUGGAACAUUGUAGUUCAACACUGUCAGGCGAUGUUCCAGAAAGUUUGAAGUCUAUGGUUUUAAAGCUGCUGCUAAUAAUCGCCACAGGCAUAGACCACAUAGAUGACAACCCUCUGGUAGAGUAUGUGAUGACAAACUCAUUAUUUGAGCCCCUGAUGCAGUUGCUGUGCACAUCUACUGAGAGGCAACAACAUGGAUACGAUGUGGUAAUGCUGCUCAUGUUUCUGGUGAGCUACAAGAAACAGGAGUCUACUAAUCCCUAUGUAGUCAAGCUGUCAAUACUUGAUGAUGAACUGGCACUGAAUGGCUACGGCCAAGUAAUAACGGCAGCGCUGAAUGAUUUCGUAAUGUCGGUGUUCGGUGGCAUGCAGGGCAAUACAGGGGGUGGAUGGCUUUCUUCCCUUACUAGUAUGGUGGGCGGGAUAUUUCUGACCAGCGAUGACACUCAGCCGGUCGUGAGAGGACAGAGGAACAGCGGCGGAGAAGAAGGCAUGCUCCUCGCCCUCUACGAAGCGGCGCACCUCAACCGCAACUUCAUGACGACGCUCGCGCACUCGUCCGCCGCCGCCUCCGCGCCUCCCUCACCCCCGGCCACUUUACCCCCGCAACAGAGUCCACCUAAUCCGGCACAAAUCCAGGCGCUAGACAACGAACAGCCAACAAACCUGCUCGUGACUUUCUUCCAAUACUGUUCAAUAGUGAUGGCGGACACGAAGACUGAGAGCAGCGUCAAUAAAUGCAGCCUAUGCUUCAUCACGCUCACUUGCAUCGUCGAGGAACAGUUCGCCAACUCCAUCAUGCACGAUCAGAAUCUUACAUUUAAGGUACAAUUAUAUAGACUACCUAUGCGUCAUAGGAAAAUAGUUCCAGAGGAGCCACCGUCCCAACCACUAGCUUCUACUUUAAUAGAUCUCCUAGUAGAAUUCAUGAUGUGCCACCUAUUAAAGAAAUUCCCUGGCGAACUCUACGAGCUGUGCGUCGGGGUGCUACUGCGGCUACUUAGCUACCAGAAAAGAUGUCGAGUCCGGCUGGCGAGAGAUUGGAGACCCCUGUGGGCGGCCCUAAUAGCGCUCUUGAAGUUUUUAGUGACCAAUGAGAGCACGCUGCUUAGGAGACACAAUAUCUUUAUCAUGGCGCAACAAGUGGUGAACAUCUUCAACCUAUUCAUCACAUUCGGUGACACAUUCCUGCCAACGCCAGCAUCCUACGAUCAACUAUACUACGAGCUUAUUAGGAUGCACCAAGUUUUCGACAACUUGUUUUUUAUGGCACUUCGCUACUCGACCGGCGACGGCGAGUUCAAGGCGGAAGCCCUCCGGCUGGCCAACUGUUUGGUGAACGUCCGCGCCAUCAUACAACACUUCUCGCCCAAGAUCGAGUCCUGGCUCAACUCGCAGAGCCUAUCCACGCCCACUGAGAAUCAGAUCCUAGAGGUGGUCCGCAAGAACUACGAUAGCUUAAUCCUCAAACUGCAAGAGGGGCUGGAGUGCUACACGCGCUACUGCGAGCGCUCGCACCGCGCGCUGCUGGCGCGCCUGCUGCCCGCCGCCGCCGCGCACGCGCGCCUCGCCAGCGACGCCGCGCAGCUGCGCCGCCACACGGCCGCCGCGCUGGUGCACUACACUGCUGUACAGUGAAACCUACCUAUAGCUACUGCGAGCGCUCGCACCGCGCGCUGCUGGCGCGCCUGCUGCCCGCCGCCGCCGCGCACGCGCGCCUCGCCAGCGACGCCGCGCAGCUGCGCCGCCACACGGCCGCCGCGCUGGUGCA